CCAUGUACACAUGGGAAACUUUAACAUCUCAUUCUCUAUCGAUUAACUCUCUAAUAUGAUUGGCGAGGAGGCUAAUUAGAGAAUGUAUGAGAUUUUGAUAUUAGUUCGGGCGAGUUUACACUUUAUGAUUUUAGCAGUUGGAUGAUUUUUUUUUAAGGGAUACUUUUGCAACCAAACCAAACAAAGUAGCACCAAACACACAUUUAACUCGUCUGAUCCGUCCGAGAUCAUCUCUAUUGAACACACCAACUCGUUAAUGGUCCCAAAGUUCAAUGACUGUCAGGGUUUAAUUGACCCAAAAAAGAGAUGCAGGGCGAGUAAUGAAAUUAAUUGCAACUAAGAAGGGAAAAAAAAAAGAAUUUCCUCCAAAACUACUGCACCUGGCAGAAAAAUGGUUUUGGCGGCCUUCUUCUUCUCUUUCACCUCCCACCUAAAUGACCAAGUUCUGCCGGCCUUCAGUAACAGAUCAACUGCAACUGUAGCGACGAUCAGAACAAGAAUCAGCAGCAGAAGUUUAACGGUCAGGGCAAGCACAGCCCAGAAUCCCAAAGACGACGACGACGAUGAUAGCCCCACUCUUUGGCGAAUUCACCUGCCAGAAUGCCAUCAUCGUUGAGCGGUUUAUUGAAGCAGGUAGCCUGUAUGUAUCCCCAACGCGUUACUAUUUUGGGAGUUGUGAAUGUCCAGAAGUAAAUCAUUUGUAUUCUUUGGUGAAUAAAAUGACAGUGGCGAGUAUUGAAUCAUGGAUGAAACUGGUCGUUGGCAGCUAGAAGAACUACUGAAGCUCUGAGGCAGUUCUUUUAUUAAACAUUGAAAUGCAUAGAGACAGUGGUGAGUAUUAAAUCAUAAAUGAAACCAGUCGUUGGCAGCUAGAAGAACUACAGAAGUGUGGUCGUUACUCGUUAGGGUUUGAUUCAUGCCAUGUAAUGUAUGCAGUCUCGACAGAUAUGCUCCUAAGGACAUUCUCUAGCCAGGGGAGAUCUGAAUAUGUAAUGCGUUGCUCCUCUGGUUUUUGCAGAGAUGACAAGAUAAGAGGAGAAAAAAGGCAAGCUGCACAGGAAAACAAAAGGGUACAGCAGCGUACAUAAACAUAUGCCGCUUUGUUUUUAGAUUUAUUUUGUCGACAUGAUUCUAGUCCUUAAACCAUGCACAAGUGAGUAUUAUUGACAAACUAUGCUCAAAAUUGCUAUAUUAUUGAUCCGAAGUGAAUAUCAUUGCCAAACAAUGUUAUAAAUACAUUUACGUUGC